AUGCCAAGGCCCCAGAAGCUUCUGACUCGGGAGGAUUUCCGUUUCCUCUGCCGGCGAGGCUCCAUGCUGCCUGCGCCUGCGUUAGGAGCUCUGGGUGCUCUGUGUUCCCCACCGCCCGGCGCCACACAGUUCAGGGGCCCGCUGCGCCUCUCCUUCCAGCAGGACCCUCGGCCGCCACCCCUGCAGCUGGCAGUUUCAGAAGUGUCCAGUGUGGCCAAGUCGGCCCAGGAGAAGGUGGUGGCCUGCCGAGCGGUGGGGGAUGCCCUGCAGUUCCUGGUCAGCGUGGGGCCGGCCGCCUCAGGGGACACAGGGCGCUGGCUGUGUGACGUGCGGCUGUCCCCGGUGCACCUGCAGCUGGAGUUCCACAUGAGAGAGAAGAGAGAGGACAUCCACAUCCGGUGGGCCUUCGUCCCUGUGCCGGGAACAGACGUGCAGGUCCAGCCCCGCGCCCCGGCAGCCGUAGAGGUGGGCUGUCCCCGGGACCCCUGUGUCACCAGGCCCGCGGACCAGCAGGAGGCUCAGAACCUGCCCCGCACCUCCCUGCCCACCCAGGACUGCUGCCCGCCCAAGCCGCCCAGAGCUCACGAGCUGAGACUGCAGGUGAAGAACAUCCGGGCCUCGCUGCUCCGCCCCCCGGGGGCCUCAGGCGGCACCAGCCCUGUGUGCACGGCGCAGCUCAAUGACCCGGCUCAGAGGUUCGCCAGCGCCCGGGCGAGGAACACUGCGGACCUCGUGUGGGAGGAAGAGUUCACCUUUGAGCUGAACGCCAAGUCCAGGGAGCUGUACCUGCAGAUCUCGGAGGAGGGGCAGCCCUUGGAAGGUCCGUUGGCUGUGGCGACUGUCCCGCUGGACCUGUUUAGGAAGCAGCCUUCUGGACCGCAGAGCUUCACGCUGACCGGAGGGCCGGGCCUGGGCAGUGCGGUGCUGGGCUCUGUCACCGCGGAGUUCUCCUACCCGGAGCCCGGGGAGCCCAGAGCCCUGCAUGCCCUCGCCCCUGCGCCCACGCCUGCCUCCACGGUGGAGAAGGACCGCACCGUGAUGCCCUGUGGCACCGUGGUCACCACCGUCACCGCCGUGAAGACCAAGCCACGCUUCGACCCGGGGAGGGCGGCGGAGUCUCCUGUGAGGACACCCGUCAAGGUGAAGGUCAUCGAGAAGGACAUCUCCGUGCAGGCCAUCUCAUGCCACAGCGCGCCUGUCAGCAAAACUCUGUCCUCUUCAGACACGGAGCUGCUGGUACUGAGCGGGUCCGACCCGGUGGCUGAGGUCGCCAUCCGACAGCUCAGCGAGUCCUCGAAGCUGAGGCUGAAGUCACCGCGGAAGAAGAGCACGCUCAUCAUUUCGGGGGUCUCCAAGACCUCUCUCUCUCAGGACCAUGAUGCUGCUCUCAUGCUGGACUACGCGGCCUCCAUGCACAGCACCCCCCAGGACGACACCCCGGCCACCGCCCCGGCCACCCCGAGGNNUGCCGAGCUCUCGCCACCCCCCGCCGCCCCGAAGCCCGAGCCGGACCCCUGGGAGCUGCAGAAGGAGGAGGCAGCUUGGAGCCAGCCUUGCCUGCUUGCGCCUGACGGGGAUGGGGACGGGCUGUCCGAGAGCUCCCUGAGCACCGUGGAGCUGGGCAGUGCCAGGAAGCGGAAAGGAGGGAUCCUCAGGAAAGGCGCCAAGCUGUUCUUCACCCAGCGGCACCAGCAGAAGGACCCCGGCAUGAGCCAGUCCCACAACGACCUGCUGUUCCUGCAGCAGCCCGAGGGGCCCCGCCGGAAGGGCAGGACCCUCACCCGCAUCCUGAACAAGAAGCUGCUCUCCUGGCCGAAGGGCAGGGACGCCGUGAAUGGUGUGUCUGGGGAGCCCUGCACGUAACGCGCGUGGCCACUCCUUCCUCAGGAAGCCAGAGGACGGGACCGCGACAAGCCCUACCUAGGCAGCGGUGCCAGCGGCUGCCCCACACCUGCCUUCUUGCUCUAGGCUUUGGGAGGAAAAAAGCAGCCGGCAUCUUCAGCUUCGCCCAAAGAGGGCUGACAGCCCUGUCAUUCUGUGCCAGGGGCCCCCCAGGACCUGCCACGCUCCAGCCUGGCAUGAGGCUCUUCUGGUAUUGGGGCUGUGUCGGGCGGGGCUGGAAUGGCUGGCACGUCCACAGUGCCCCCAGCAGGGCGCCAGCUCCACACCUGACCGUGUGGGAGGAGCCAGUGUCCCUGUGCUGUCCCGGCACAGCGUGGGUGGGACGUGGUCCUGGGCCUCUGCAGGGACUAAAACGUGCACCCGGCCAGGAGGACAGUGGAGGGAUUUCUCAUAGACACAAAUCAUGACAGGAAUGGAAAGAAAGGAGGGCGUCCGCCUUUGAAGUUAGCUGUAUCCCUUGGCCGGGCGUGAAUCCGGAGUCCUGUGCAUCUGUCCCACGCCUCCACGUGGACCCGAGCCACCUUGCCGCUGGAGAUGUACGGGCCACAUGGAUCUACACUGUCUCCCACGUCAAGCUCAGGAUGCCCGUGGCACUGGACACAGGAAGUUUGCCUGGCACAGGAGGUCAGGGCAGCGAUCACCGGGUUUCCGGACUCGCACGUGUGGAUCUUGUCAACAUCGGCCCGGGGCUGCGGAGGAAGUGAACUGUGUCCCCGGGUCAGCCUUCGGAACGGAAGCUUAUUAACCCACGGGCCGACUCACAGGCCUUUUGGGGGCGCUCCUGCAUUCUGCUGUGCACAGUGCUCCUAGCCGCAUUUUGGGGUGUCCUUAAGUAGGAGCACAGUUUUAUGUCCCUCAGUACAGUCAACUGCUUUCCCAGCCCCACGGCCAGUGCUGUCCAGUCCUUUCCCAGCAAGCACUGAGCUCUAGGCCCCUUGACCAGCCAUCCCUGCCCCAUGGCCGAGCAGGUUGCAGGGCAACUGUCCCGGGCGAUGUAGGAGCCUCUCGUAGAUUCAGCUUUGCGGGCUUGGGGGCGCUGGGGGGAAGCCUGGCUCCCAGCACAGGUCGGGCCCGUUUGUGCACCCGUUAUACGCCUUCCCGGGAAGCAGCCACCACGCAGCAGACAGCUGCAGGAAAGCCCAGAUUAUAGCAGUUGUGUUUCCUGUUGGAGGGAGAGAUUCAAAAACGGCACUAGAAAUUUCACUUUCAAAUUCACGUUAAGCAGUUCUUAGGUGUUCCUAGAGUUACCAAGUGACAACGACGACUUUCGAACCACUGUUUUUGAAAAGGUUCUUUCUAAAGUUAAUCAUCGUAAGGUUCCCAAGCCCACCGCCUCACUGAGCCAGUGCCCCAGUCACAGACCGCUCCUUGCCUCUGAGGGGCGGCGGUCACCUUCAGCUUUCCUCUGGCAGAACUCGUGACAUACAGCAGACUAUUUUUCUUUUCUUUUUCAGUGCUGGGAUUGAACCCACAGCCUUGCACAUGCCAAGCAAGUGCUGUACCA